UACGCAUCCACAAACAUAAAAUCGGCGUAUAACCUCCUAGCUCACACUACAUAUCCUAAAGCAACCCUAAGUCAUUAAAUCAUCAUCUACACACAUCUAAACACCACCAUCAGUUCCAACCAAGCACACCGCCCACAAUGCCAUCCUCAUCAACCUUCCAAUCCUUCUCCACAUCCAGCAGCAGCACCACCAUCAAUGGCCGCACAACCUCACAAUCGGAGCAAACAUACUCAGACCCCUCCGGUACCCGCGUCCAACGCACCCACCAAGCGCACGGUGAGGCCCCGCGCGUGGAACGCUACCAGACAGAUGCUGCAGGGCGGCAGUUGGAAGAUCCGAGACAAGCGGAUGCGAGGAGGAUACAGGAUGUGACUGAGGAAGAGGAUGCGAAGGAAAAGGGAAGGCAGUAUGAGAAGAGGAUGGAGGAGGAGUAUGCGAAGAGGGAAGGGGGUGCUUAGGACGUGUAGUGACGUGUGUAGUUUGUAGGAAAUGAAGGAAGCGAUGUAGAGCUUCAUGAUACUUCCACGAUAAAAUGACAAUUGAUUAAGCAAAACAUC